AUGAAUAAUGCAUUGGAAAAGGUGCGGGAGUCGAUCGAAGACACCAAGGCUGCAAUGCACCAGUCCUUUACCAUUCAGAAAGGAAAGCCUGGAAUGCACGUGGAGGAGGUCUACAGUGGACCUGCCCUACAGGCACUGAAGAAGUUGGAGGACGUUGAGCAGGAUCUUGAGGGUGGCUGA